AUGGAAGCUAUUAGUUCGCAAAUGUGCGCUGUGGCUUUCCAAGUCUUCGAUCGAUACGGGUCAGUCAAGGCCAAGUACAGAUCAUCCGGUGCAAAGAGGAACCGACAGUUCUCCCAAGAUGAAAAGGGAGAUGGCGGAAGCCAAGAUCUUAGGUACGGUUCCAAUGAGGCAUUUGAGCGAUCCUGGACUCUACAUGCCUUGUUGUCUCAAGUCCUUGGUGCGACUUCUGAUUUUGAACCCCGCAGAGAGGAAGCCGGAGGUCUCGAGAACGAAGAACUCUCUGAAACUGCUAUUUUCACCGAGGUAGAGAAGAUAAAACUAGAGAGACUUCGUGACACUUUGCCGCUGCAUCAUGCAGCUCUUACUUUGGGAGACAACGAGCUCAAAGCUUUUCUCAUGACCCAUGUUGACAACAAUAUUGGCUGGGAUAGGGUUACUACAUCUGAAGCCACAUUUCUGCAUCUAACAGCUUGCGAGCUGAAGCCCCCGAGUACUCAGUGGCUGCUAGAAAAUGUCCCCAACACGGACUUUUUGAAGACGGCUCGGGAUAUUAAUGGGUACACCCCUCCUGAAGCAUUGCAGGAAAAAUUAGAGACCACGCGAACGCAAGAGCAAGUUGGAUCAAGGGUCUUGAAUAUACGGGUGUACAUGCGGAGAGUGUCUGGGACGGUUUCUAUCACCUAG